UUUUUCUUGUGUCUGGCGCCAUUCGAAAACAGAUUUUGGAAAACGUUCUGCACAUCAAGUCCCUGCAAAGAGACAACACCAAAAGGAUAGUAUCCCACCAGAACAUUGAAUAUGACAACCUCAACGCGCAGCAGCAGCAGCACCAACAAUAACAAUAACAGCAGCAACCACAACGACAGCGAGGAGAGGGCACAGGAAGGAGCCUCUGUCUACAGCAGUCACAACGGUAAUAGUCCAGCGAACAUUGGAUCCACGAAUCGCGUCAUGCAGGCGGACGAGGACUUUAACAUCAGGUUCGUCAAUCUGGUGCGCACCCACAAGUGCCUCUACGACAAGAAGGUGCCCGAGUACCGCAACAGGGACAACCAGGAAAAGUCGUGGGUGCUGAUCUCGAAGGAAACCCGUGAAAGUGUCAUUCACUGCAAGGAGCGGUGGCGCAACCUGCGCGCCUGCCUCUCGCGCUACAUCAAACAGCAGAGCGGAUCGGAGCCACAGCACAAGCCCUACUACCUUACAGAGCACAUGGCCUUCCUGCUGCCCUUCCUCAAGUCUACGCGCAAUUCGUUGGACGGCAACAGCAGCCUGGCCACGCUCUUCCAUCUCUCCCAGCAGCAUCAGCACCUGAACCAGCAACAGCCGCAGCGUCCCCAACAUACGCUGCCCCUGACGCAUCCGCACGAGGAGCACAUGUACUGCUCCACCGCCAGCAACAAUAACAACAACAACAGUGGAGAGGUCAUGGAGCUGAAGCACUCGAUGUCGGAGAACGACGAUGAGGAGACCAUCGACGCCUUCGACCCCGCCGUUGCCAGCACCCUUAACCUGCAGCGGGGUGCCCCAGCCACGCCCACGAGUCAUCAUCAACCGCGCGGAAGUUCGCCCGCCCGGAGCGAUACGGCCAGUGCGGACAGCAUGCAGAAUUUCAUUCCGGACGUGCAGCUGGCGGAGUCGGGCCCAAACUUGAUUUACAACGAUGGAGGUCGCGGCACGCCGCCACCGCUGCACUACCACCCGCACUCGCUGCCACAUCCGAUGGACGGCCACCACCACCACCACCACAGCCACCAGCACCAGUUCGAGCCGGGCAGCGCCAAGCGGAUCAAGACGGAGUGCGAGGCCACCAGCACGAUGGCGAACGGCGGGGCAAAUUUCUAUGGGGGACUGAGCGUCGCAGAGCUGGCGGACAUGGAGUUCUUCCGCAGCGUUCUGCCGGACAUUGCGGCACUGACGCCGCAGCAGCGUCGCAAGUUCAAGAUCGGGAUCCUGGAGCUCAUCGACGAUGUCGUGGCUCGCUAUCCCGGACCGGAGCGCUACAACGGAGGAGGAUGCGUGGUCAACGGCAGUGGCGGGAGCAGCACUAACGGCGGGGGAUCCCUAAACAGCACGGCGGGCAGGCAGCAGCGCCGGAGCUCAGGGCGGGACUGGCGCAAGUAGAACGUCACUAGUCACUAACUAGAUGUAGGCCAAUUUGUUUAGUUAGUAGCUAAUAACUGGAUUGGAGUGGAGGAAGAGACGACCGCUCCAGUCCGCUCACUGUCCAUGUGUUGUGUGCGCUCAAUGAGUAAGGAUUAGGAUAUAGGAUAUAUGUAGUUCUAAGAAGGGGAAGCCGUGCCCCACCUGUAUAGCCUCUGUAUAUAGGGUGUGUAUAUGCGGCAAGAACACGUCGUCGCAUAUUACAGCAUAUACAUAUAUAUAGAGUUCUAGCAUCGAUGUACAAAGUGUUCCGUGUUGAGUCAGAGAUAAAGUAACCACUGCUGUGUCAAAUAAAUCGUCAAAUGUGAGUAUGAAAAAAGUA